UUUCCCGUCUACUUUUCUUUGAUGAACUUUCUCUCCAACCAAAAGGAUGAACGUAUGUUGUUUACUUGGGUACAUGUGAUUGCGUAGGUAUAGGUUGGGUCGGAUCAUUCAAUGUUUUCUUCUGUGUCGUCUCCCCCCAUUCCCAACUUCUCCUUCACACAUCAAUGGCCAAACUGAUACACAACCUAACUCCACACUCCUCACCCUAUCUGGGCCCCACCAUUCACAAUCUCCUUCGUUCCCGGAACUUUCCAGAAGCUCAAGCCCUUCUCCUUCGAAUCAUCACAAACACGCGCGUUUCACGUUCCCAACUCAUCGAUUCUCUCCUUCUUCCUCCUUCUCCCACGCGCGCAGAUUCCACCCUAAAUGCCACCGUUUUUGAUUUGUUAAUAAGAACUUAUGUUCAAGCUAGAAAAUUGAGAGAAGGGUCUGAGGCUUUUCGCUUGUUGAAAAAAAGGGGUUUUUGCGUUUCCAUUAACGCUUCCAAUGCUCUUCUAUCUGCUCUUGUGAAAAUUGGGUGGGUAGAUUUGGCUUGGACCGUGUACGAGGAUGUUGUCACAAGUGGGACACAGGUUAAUGUUUAUACCCUUAACAUCAUGGUUAAUGCUUUGUGUAAAGAUGGAAAGUUUGACAAAGUUAAGGUUUUUUUGUCUAGCAUGGAGGAUAAGGGUGUUUACCCUGAUGUUGUCACCUAUAAUACUCUAAUUAAUGCGAAUUGUCGUCAAGGGUUUGUGUUAGAAGCUUUUGAAUUGAUGAACUCGAUGAAGGGUGUGGGGUUGGAACCUGGUAUUUACACUUAUAAUGCUAUUAUCAAUGGUUUGUGUAAGAAGGGAAGUUAUGAGAGAGCGAGGAGUGUUUUGGAUGAGAUGUUGGGGAUAGGGUUGAGUCCUGAUGCUGCCACAUUUAACCCUUUGUUGGUGGAAAGUUGUAGGAAGGAUGAUAUUUGUGAGGCUGAGAAGGUUUUUAAUGAAAUGUUGGGUUGUGGUGUUGUUCCUGAUUUGGUUAGUUUUGGUUCAAUCAUUGGGGUGUUUUCAAGAAAUGGGUACUUUGAUCGGGCCUUGGCGUAUUUUAAGGAUAUGAAAGGUGCUGGGUUGGUUCCUGAUACUGUGAUUUAUACUAUUCUUAUUGAUGGGUAUUGUAGGAAUGGCAAUAUGGCUGAGGCUUUGAAGGUGAGGAAUGAAAUGGUUGAGCAGGGUUGUGUUAUGGAUGUGGUUACAUAUAAUACUCUGUUGAAUGGAUUGUGUAGGGGGAAAAUGCUUGUUGAUGCUGAUGAGCUUUUUAAGGAGAUGGUGGAAAGGGGAAUUUUUCCUGAUUUCUACACUCUCACCACUCUCAUUCAUGGCUAUUGUAAGGAUGGAAACAUGACUAGAGCGCUUAGUUUGUUUGAGAGCAUGACUCAAAGGAGCCUUAAGCCCGAUGUUGUGACAUAUAAUACGUUGAUGGAUGGCUUCUGCAAAAUCGGGGAAAUGGAGAGAGCUAAGGAGUUGUGGUGUGAUAUGAUAAGAAGGGAAAUAUUGCCCAGCUACAUAUCGUUUAGCAUUUUAAUAAAUGGGUUUUGCAGUUCAGGGCUAAUGUGUGAAGCAUUCAGGCUGUGGGAUGAAAUGAUAGAAAAAGAUGUUAGGCCCACCCUGGUUACUUGCAACACCAUUAUAAAGGGCUAUUUGCGAGCGGGCAAUGUGUCAAAGGCAAAUGACUUCUUGAAUAAGAUGAUUUCGGAAGGAGUUUCUCCAGAUUGCAUUACAUAUAAUACUCUUAUAAAUGGUUUUGUAAAGGAAGAGAAUUUGGACAGAGCAUUUGUGUUGAUUAAUAACAUGGAAGAACAAGGACUACUGCCUGAUGUUAUAACAUAUAAUGCAAUUCUUAGUGGAUAUUGUAGGCAAGGCAGAAUGAAAGAGGCUGAGAUGGUAUUACAUAAGAUGAUUGACAAUGGUGUCAAUCCAGAUAGAUCAACGUACACAUCAUUGAUAAAUGGGCAUGUCUCGCAAGACAACCUGAAAAAGGCAUUCCAUUUCCAUGAUGAAAUGCUUCAAAGGGGAUUUGUGCCAGAUGACAAAUUCUAAGAAUUUUACCGUUGCAGUUCGUGGAACAUAACAUCCCUUUGUUAUAAAUACCUGAUUUAAAGGUCUGGUUGUGGACUAUGCCUGUGUCUUUCCUCGGCCCUGGUUCUGCAUAUCGCAGGAAGCACAACCCUGGACCCUGGUGUAUGUCUUCUGUGGCCUAACAUAACAAUAUGGUGUUGCAAAUCCUCCGCAUCCAAAUUCUCCAGAAAUCUCAGCUGUAAAAAGGCAACCCAAUCUUGGCUCUGAUAAACAAGAUAAAAAGGCUCGCAACAAAGGCAAGCAUUUUACAUUCAUGCUCAUCAUUUUCCUGGAAGGAACUCUUCCCUUGAUUUGUAUGAAUGACAACAUUUUAAAAAGAUUUAAUUUUUUAAUAACGAGUUAUUGUU